AUGGCUUGUGUUAGUGUUUUUUGCUUCGUAUACGCUUUCGUUUCGUCUGCUCUCGCAUCGGCCGUUGAUUUGGAAAACUACGAUUUAAUUAUAAUCCCAUGGCAGCCCAACCCGAGACCAAGUCUAAGAGCUUUGGAGAAGUCCUUAGAGGACAGAUUUGCGAAAAGCUUCGGUGAGGCCAUUUCGAAUGCCGAUUAUCACACGAAUCACAAGAGGCUGGACGUGGAAGCUUUCCGGCCGUCGCCUGUCCCCCCAGAAAUAGACGAAUACGAGACGAGCACAGUAAAUCCGGAAAGAGACGAAUAUGAUUAUGGUAGUUUUUCGGGUGAAAGGAUCGUCGGUGGUACGCAAGUCGAUAUCAACUUAUAUCCCUACCAUGUCGCGUACGGCGAUAACUGCGCAGGCGCUAUAAUCGAUAAGAAAUGGGUAAUCACUGCAGCGCAUUGUAACAAAAAGUCGACAUUCAUUAAGGCCGGCUCUAAGCACAUACACAAAGGGAAGAAAGUGAAGAUCAAGGAGCAUUACAUACAUCCGCUCUGGGGUGCCAAAAAUAAGGAGCAUCCGUUCGAUUACGACUUCCAAUUGCUGGAGCUGGCUGAGCCUCUGAGCUUCGACGACAAUAUUCAGUCUUUGAAAAUAGCGCAUAUAGAAGAUAUGGUGGUCGGGAAGAUUAUAACGGUCACCGGUUGGGGCAACAUAGAAGAAAACGGCCCCUACUCGAACGUGCUCCGAGCCGUAAGGAUUCCUAUAAUAUCCAAAUCAAUCUGCCAGAGUGUUCCAUUUCCGUAUUUCAGAGGAACUUUGUCAUCUCGAAUGUUCUGCGCUGGGUUUGCUGAAGAAAAGAAAGAUGCUUGUCAGGGCGACUCAGGCGGACCAGCGGUUUCAGACAAUCGUCUUUUAGGCAUGGUGUCCUUCGGCUAUGGCUGCGCAACCCCAGGUUCUUAUGGAGUGUACAGCAAAGUGGCGAAAGUCAGACCCUGGAUAGAAGAAGUGACCGGCCUAAAAUUAGAUUAG